AUGACGGCCGCCGGCGCCUCGGCGCCGGCCGACGCCGUGUUCAGCGGCGUCAUUGGAGAGCAUCUGCGCACGCACGUGGGGUGCGUGCACCACGGUGACGUUGCGGAGCGAGCGUGCGCCGCUCCUCAAUGUCGCGCUCCUCGUGCACGCACCGACGACGACGCCCCGCCCACGGACUGGCUGGCCGAGCUGCCCCCGGAGCUGCAGCUUCGCAUCCUCGAGGGCGUCGACGACUUCUCCGACUGCGCUGUCUUCAGCCUCGCGUCGCCGCGCCUCGGCCUCCUCGCCCUGCGCAGCGGCCUGGCGCGCUUCAAGGACCCGCUCUUCGCCGUGGCGAUGCGGCGGCUGCUUCCCCAGCGGGCCAUCCUGCGCAAAUACGCCGCCGACCGCCGCGCCAGCGCCGACCACUUCCCGUGGAUUGCGAGGGUGAGCCCGGCGCUCUGCCUCUCAUCGGAAGUGGAGGGUGCUGGUGACAGCCGCAGCGAGUUCUGGCAAUUGCGGUGCGGCGAAGAGAGUGGCGCAAAGCUGCGGUUAGACUCGGGCCGGGGAGCUAAGAAGCGCACCCAGCGGGCUGGAUGA